AUGGCACCUCCUCGUCAACGUGCUCGCACACUGGAGACUCCAAUGAAUGAACAGCUAGCCCAGAAUCUGCAACACCUCACGCAGACCAUGCAGACCCUCAGCGAAGCGCUGUUGCACAACAAUCAUCCUGCUCCGCCACCACAGCCUGCCGGGCAUAGAGAUGUUGGACGCCUUGUAUUGGGCCAUAGAUCACCGACGUUUGCCGGUGAGGAAGACCCUGUCGUGCUCGAGGAGUGGGUGCAAACCUUUGACAAGAUCUUCUCAGUCGUUGGGUGCCUUGAAGAGCGCCGAGUGGAGCUAGCAUCAUUCUACUUCAGUCAUGAAGCUGAAUUGUGGUGGGUGCAUGAGGGACCCGUUUGUCUUGAGGAGCCCGACUUCGACUGGACGGCUUUUAAGGAUCGGAUGCGAGAGCGGUUCUACCCGGCACAUGUUCGAGCUGCUAUGUAUGAGGAGUUUCUGCACCUCCAACAGGGUUCUUCGUCGGUGGUUGAGUACCACAAGAGGUUUCUGGAGCUCGCUCGUUUUGCUAGGAUGUUUGUCCCCACCGAGCUCGCGAAGGUUGAGAAGUUUGUAGCCGGACUCAACUACGAGGCUCGCAAGGCUUUAACCGUGAGCAAGCCGAGGACUUUGAAAGAGGCUUACUUGAGUGCUACGGACUUAUAUCGGGUGCAAAAGUUGCAACGCGGAUCUUUUGAGCUCGCUAGAAAGAGGAACGAGAGUGGAGGAUCUUUCAACUACAAGAAGCCAAGACAGGAUUUCCGAGCCAAGAUCGCACCAUCCCCACCUCAAGGACCAACCCGGGUGGAGUCCGGAAGCCAAGCCAAGACGUUUGCAUGCCGAAGGUGUGGAGGAGAGCACGUAGGAAAGGAUUGCAGUGGUCAUGCACUCCGUUGUUUCCAUUGUGGGGAGAGUGGACACAAGGUUGCUACGUGCCCUCAGCAAGUUAAUCAAAGGGCGUCGCCACCUAGUUCGGGACCCGGGGAGCAUCGGGAGGGAUUUCAAGCCGAGGAGCAACUGGAGCUAGACCUUCGGGUCGUGUGUUUGUGA